UGGAGCUCGACCGCGCCCUGGGCCACCAGGAGCCCCACUGGAAGGAGUUCCGCUUCGACCUGACCCAGAUCCCGGCCGGGGAGGCGGUCACAGCCGCCGAGUUCCGGAUUUACAAGCUGCCGAGCACCCGUCUGCUCAACAGGACCCUCCAUGUCAGCAUGUUCGAAGUGGUCAGGGAGCAGGCCAACAGGGAGUCUGACUUGUUCUUUUUGGAUCUUCAGACGCUCCGAGCUGGGGACGAGGGCUGGCUGGUGUUGGACGUGACAGCAGCCAGUGACCGCUGGUUGCUGAACCCCCCUCGACUGAAGGCCACUCCUUUCUCAGCUGUGCCACUGGGGGGACGGGAGAGUGGCAGGAGGCCAGGUGCAGGCAGGAGCUCGGCCGGUGCUGGGCGGGUCCUGGGAGAAGCCACCGGGCUCACCUCUGCCUGCCGCCCCCUCUGUGGCCAGGUGCACCUGAUGAAGCCGGACGCAGUCCCCAAGGCGUGCUGUGCGCCCACCAAGCUGAGUGCCACCUCCGUGCUCUACUAUGACAGCAGCAACAACGUCAUCCUGCGCAAGCACCGCAACAUGGUGGUCAAGGCCUGCGGCUGCCACUGA